UCAGAACCGCACGGCACGAAACGAACCGAGGCUGAGCAAGAAAACGAAAAGAGAUGAGCACUGUAGCGAAACGGUGGGGACUUUUGCUUCCGCGCUCGGCUGUUCCUCACUUCCUCCUCCAUGUUUGCUUGCCCUGUCUGUGUUUGCGUGGUGUCACUGGCAUGCCGAGUUGUGUUUUAUCGGUAUAAAUAUUCUGCGGCCCUGUCCCUGAGUUGUACCCGCUGUUUUUCCCCUCCUUUCUCUCUCUCUCUCCUCUUUCUUUCUCCCCCACCUCACCUCCUUACCCUCCACCUACUUCUCUGUCUGCUGCCCAGCCCCUGAUCCUGAUUUCCCCAAUUGAGGCCGGGAGGGGGCACCUGCGCAGCAGCUGGAACUGUGUAUCCCCGCCCUGCCCAGAUCCGGCGCCUCCAAAUUCGCCUCUUCUCGCGGCAGGGGAGUCGUCCGCGCCGGCAAAGCAGAGAUCUUUUUUUGGGAGAGAGCAGAGCAGAGUGCUUGCUUGCUCGUUCUUGGUUGCUUUUGUUGAGGAGAGUGCAGGGGUGGUUGCUGGUUGGUUCUUUUGCGCGCGCGCGGGGUGCGUGGACGUACCAUGAGAAGAUGAUGCGCGCCAAGGCCAGAGGUACAUUCGCGGACGCGAUGAAGGAGAGCUCGCCUCCUCCGGUGUCGGUGGCGGCGAAGGAGGCAGUGAAGGAGGAUGAGUGGGAGGUGCGGCCCGGCGGCAUGCUGGUGCAGAAGCGGAGCCCGGACUCCGACGCCCCCGCCGCGCCCGUCCCCACCAUCCGCGUCAAGGUCAAGUUCAACGGCAUCUAUCACGAGAUCUACAUCAACUCGCAGGCCUCCUUCGGUGAGUUGAAGAAGAUGCUGUCGGCGAAGACGGGGCUGCACCCGGAGGACCAGAAGCUGGUGUACAAGGACAAGGAGCGGGACUCCAAGGCGUUCUUGGACAUGACCGGCGUCAGGGACCGCUCCAAGAUGGUGCUGCUCGAGGACCCGGCGGCGCAGGCCAAGCGCCUCCUCGAACAGCGCCGCACCGACAAGGCGGAGCGGGCUGCCAAGUCCAUCUCCCGCAUCAGCCUCGACGUCGACAAGCUCGCCACCAAGGUGUCGGCGCUGGAGACCAUCGUGGGCAAAGGCGGGAAGGUGGUGGACGCCGACGUGGUGACCCUCACCGAGGCGCUGAUGAACGAGCUGGUCAAGCUGGAUUCCAUCGCCGCCGAGGGCGAGGUCAAGGUGCAGCGGCGAAUGCAGGAGAAACGGGUGCAGAAGUACGUGGAGACGCUGGACGCCAUCCGCGCCAAGAACUCGGCGGCGCCCAAGGUCAACGGCAACGGCAACGGCCGCGCCAAGGCCCGGGCGCCGCACCUCCCGCUGCGCCCGCCGCCCGUGUCGCAGCGACGCAAUUUCCAGCAGCCCGACCCGGCGGCCGCGCCGCCCACGCAGAGCUGGGAGACGUUCGACCUGCUGUCGUCGGUGCCGUCCACAUCCUCGGCCACCGUGACCACCAUGGCGGCCGCGACCGCAACAUCGCCAACCACCGCCGCCGCCGCCUCCCCGAUCCCGCGGUUCGACUGGGAGCUCUUCUAAAGCGCGGCUCCACCUCCGUGCCGGUUGAUCGAUCAGACGGUUGGAUCUUCUCUGCUCUGAUAAUUAGUGCCAAAAUUGUUUCUUUCGCCUGUCGAUUCUUUCCAUUUCUUUUUCCUCCUCUUUCUCUUCUUCUUCCAUUUCCUUUCGAUUUGUAUAUCUAUAUCUACAAAAGAACAGAGACCGACCCAGGUGAGUGCGUUCAGUCCAGUGAGUCAAGUCAGUCAGUUUACUCCUCUCAUGAGGAUCCAUCCAUGCAUGUUCAGUCACAGCAAAUAAGUGGUGGUCUUAUGAUGAAGAAGAAAUUUUCAUGACAAUACAUAUACACAUUAUAAAUAGCAUGUAUAUGUGGCUUGUUCA